UAUUUUUAGCUUUUGCCGCCAACUAUUGAUGCGUCCAUGGCAACCAGACAUAAACAAGUCCCGUGCGCCUUCUCCUUCAUGGUGCAGUAGGACUAGGUGAUAAGCUUCCACAUGAACAAGGCAGUUAUGGCACAGUGGCUAACAAUAAUAAUUACAAUAAUGAUGUUUACCGCAGCCAAGACGAGCAUGACAAAUUUUUCUUCAACUUGUGGUGACCCUUUUAAUAUCACUGUUCCACUCUCAUGCAAUGGUGUUGGAACUUGGCUUCACAUCAUUCAGGAGACCUAUGGCUCUGCAGAUCCAGGGACAGGUUACUGUGCUUUUUUACCAGGAUGCCCACAAGCCUCUCUACAAUCUUCACAGUCCAUGCUUAGGUGCUCCUGCAAUGGCCCCAGUCCACAGAAUAAAAGCAUCUGUCAGGAAGAGGUGAUUGCAACAAAAGAGAUCCUGAAUGCAUGUGGACAGGUUACUAACUCUGCUAUAGUGGAGGUGCAGUACAGAUGUGUACCUGGCACAGAAAUCAUAGAUAUGUGUGGUGACACAAACUGGACUUCAAAUGGACAGCGGGCAGCAGCAUUCUUAGCAACACCUCAUUUCUCCAAUCCACCUGUUUUAAAUGCUCAUUGCAUGUGUAAUAUCACAGGGAAAGCUCUGCAGCUUCAAAUACUUGAGCUUCGAGCUGACAUUGAUUCAGUCAUGGGAGAUUCAUUAAAUAUUACUGCCAGUGAUGGAGAUGUGUGGAGCUCAUCUAACUUCUGUAAAAGAUGUCAUGUUGAGAAGUUCAAUGAAGUAGUCUAUCAUUCAGUGAAGAACUACAGUGAGCUCACUGUUAACUUCCAGGACAAUCACAGGCCAGGACAGCGAGUGUGGUUGGAAAUACAGGGGGGCAGCCAGACCUUGGCCAUUUCAUGCCAUGCCACUAUUACAACACCAAAAGAGCUGACUACAAGUACAUUACCUGCAACCAUCACAGCUGCACCGAUGAGAACAACAUAUUCAACUGAUGCAAUGACAACAAUUCUAAUGACAAAAACUACAUAUAGCGCAGUGAAAGCAUCUCCCACCAUUGGUGUUUUGCCCCACAUUACCAGUACAAAGAGUGCAUCAACACUGAAGGAUUCUGAUGUUUUGACCUCAACUACAGCUCUUCUUACACACAGGCAGACAGAAAAUUCCAGUUCUAAAGGAGAAGUGAAUAAUAAUAAUGGUCAGAAUGUUGCUCUGGUGAUGGGGCUCUUCUUUGUUGCUGUCGUCUUGGUUGCUGUUGCUAUCACACUAGCUGUCCUGGUCUGGAGGAGAUAUCAGCAAAUUCAAAAAGAUGGUGCUGAAGUGCAUGCCACUCACAACUCCUGGAAUAUAUUCUCCCUUGUCUUUUGGUACCACCAUUGUCAUGACACCAAGAAGACAUCCAUGAGUAGCAUGCAGCAGACUUUGCACUUCUCUGAUUUGACAAAAAAUAUUUGGCUUCAAGAACAAAACUCUGAAGAAGUACCCAGGGUAAACAGACUGAAUCAUAAUGAUACAAUGUCUGACAGUCCACUUGUUGGAAGUCCUGCUGAGGUAUUGUGUCAGAGUCAAAGUGAGAACACUUUAGAAAAAAAUGUGGAGUCCAAUCAUAGCCAGACUGGAAUUCUUGGGAACAGUUCUGCAAUGAACCCAAAGCAAGCUCACAAUACUUUUGGAUAUGCAUCCUCUAAUUGCACAUUUCAAACAGAUAUGGAAGAUGCAGUGAAAGAUUUUCAUAUGCAGGCGCCUGACUUAAAACAUACAUUUUGUAACUCCCAUGAUGAUUUUGGAAAUGUGACUGAUGGCAAUAGCAGUCUUUUAAAACAAGACAGAGAAGAUGCAGACUUAGAAAAACCAACUGGCAUGCAUGAUGCUUUUCUGCAGGAAGAGAACCAGAGAGGAAACAAAUGUUAUGGUGCUCUUGAACAAGAAAAUAAAGAGCGAGCUUAUUCUGCAGAACCUCUACAACAACAGGGUACAAAGGAAAAGAAGUCUACAUCACAAACUCCUCUGCAUAGAGAGGAAGCAUCUCCCUCAGAAAAACUUACUCGAAAUAAGAACAUAGGAGGAAGAAAAUUGGCCAUCACAUGCUUUAAAUAUUCAUAAUUCUCACGUCAAUGGGUGUGAAAAGCUUCAGGGAUCCCCAACAGGCACCUUGGUGAAGAAGGAGGUGAGUUGUGAAGAAUGUGGCAGUGAAAGCAAGUCCAAAAAGAGCAAGGGGGACAAAACUGAUGACAGCAAAAAGACAGGGGAUACCACUAAUAGGGAAUGCAGUGAGAACAAUAGCAAUGACAGUGAGUCCAGGAAAAACAAAACUCAGGAAAUUGUAACCAGGGUUCUUGGACAGACCCUUGAGGGUAUCAUCAGCCAGAGAAGAGGUCUCUCUCUUGAGCAGAAUGGGUUGUCAGUCUCGAACUCUUCUGCAGCAGCAGGACACAUCAGAGAACAAAAGCACCAGUCAGCCAAACUCGAACUGUGAUGCAGAUUCCAGUACUGCCAAGCAAGCCCGAAAGAGGCAAAAACAAAGGCAAAAAGCACACUACCAUUGGUUUCUGAAUAAGAAUCCAACAAUUCAAGUAAUGUCUAAAUAUGAAGUCAUUAAAAAUAUCAGAAUGGAUUCCUAUGAUAGAAUUCAAAAAGAAUUUCAGUUUUAAAUAUUUCAUUUGACCACCGUUCUUUACAGGGAGAUCCAGAACUUAUGUGUGAUGAAAGAUAGUUUGUGCAUCAAUUGGUAAAUGAACAAUUUAUUUACUAGCUUAUCACUGAUGAGGUCCUAUGGAAUGACUUUAGACAGCUAAAAUCCUGAUGAGUUUUUGCCUGGUGAGAUCACAGCAAGUCUAAUAAGGCUUGCCAGCUAAUCUAAAAAUUGCAUCUGAUAAAAAGACUGAAGAUAUAAUGAAAAUGGUAUGCCAUCCUUUUUAAGAUAUUUGAUGUCUGUAUUUUAAAUUCUAGGUCAUGGAUGUAGAACAUGAAUAGGCCACUAGUAUAUCCUGGAUUUUCGUGAACUUUUCCUGGGUUGUGUCAUUCUCAGUUUUUUCCUCUUUAUCCAUAAAAGUUGCAACCUUCGCUGCCAGGAGGCAAAAGUUAAUUUUAAAACAUUUAUAUCAUACCAUCAAAAGUGUAUUAAUGCAUGUCUAGACUCCAAAUGACUUUCAUGAGAAAAAAAUGAUUAUCAUGUAUUGUUAAAAAUGCAAUUGUAUAAAUAAAUGUUCAAAAGUGCCUCUACA